CUCACUGCUCAAAGUUCGCAGCUCAGAAACACUGCAAAAUAAAUAGAAAAUAAGAAAAUGCCAUACUGCCACUCACUUCAGUCACCCAUAAGAAACGACUGAGAGCGUUUACUUUUGUAUGAGUCUAUGCAUUGUUUCUUUUAGGAUAAUCCUGCAUAGUAUGCCUUUAAGUAUGUUAUAGUACAUGUGUAAACGUAGUCAUUUAUUUUUCAUCCCCGUCGGUUUUAUAACGUUACAUUCAUUAUAUGUUGUCCAGUAGGAAGUGGAAAUAAUCUCACAGUACUGUGUUUCUGCACGGACCACUGUCUAUGUAGUACCGGCUGUGCACAUGUGUAAACAAGGAGCUGGGUAACUUCUAGAAUCGGCAACGUUAUUACAGAUGAUGGGUUACCGGCAGAAACCUCAUGUCAUAGUUUAUUUAAGGUCUGAAAACAACAACAACAACAACAACAACAAAAACUACCCUUAAAAAAUAGAUUUUGAUCGAAAAUGGCGUCUUCAACGGUGCAAAGUGACAGCGACGACGGCAUGGACGAGUUUAUGGACAAAUUCAAGACCCAGAGAUAUAAAAAUGCCUUCAGUGUGGACAACUGGGAAGAGGAGUUUAAUAAAGUACCUAUGUUCAUGAAAACAGCCCCUGAAGAGAUUGACCCACAAAAAUACCCCGAACUAGCUUGUCUCCAGGCCAUAAUUCAUGAUGAAGACAGGCCUCCCGAGGAGCAAGCAAAGAGCCUGAAAGAUGAGGGGAAUGCGUUUUUCAAAGAGAAGAACUACCAAAAGGCCAUACUGUCCUACACAGCAGGUUUGAAGAAGAAAUGUGGUGACCAGGACCUCAGUGCUGUUCUUCUCACCAACCGGGCUGCAGCACACUUUCAUCUGGGUAACAUGCGCUCUGCAAUGAAUGAUGCUGCAGCUGCAAGGAAGAUCAAACCAGACCACCUCAAAGCCUUGAUCAGAGGAGCUCAGUGUUGUAUAGAGCUGCGUAACUUUUCAGAGGCCAUCCGGUGGUGUGAUGAGGGGCUGAAAGCCCAUCCCUCCGACAAGAAACUGCAGGAGCUGAGAGCUGCUGCAAAUAAACACAAGAGGGCAGCAGAGAGAGAUGCCAGGAGGGCCACAGCCAAAGAAAAAAAGCUGCAUGGUGAGAAAGAAGCUCUUCUGGCUGCUAUAGAGGAUCGAGGCAUCAAGCUUCUCCAGUCUGCAAAGCCUUCUCGGUGUGGUUCAGACAGUGAGGAUGAGGACGAAGGCUCCCCUGCAGCGAUUUCACAGCUGAGCCUGGACGGCCUCAGCUCUCAGGAGGCCACAGGAGCGCAGGUCUUCCUGGACGAGCAGGGCUCUCUGCACUGGCCUGUCCUCUUCCUCUAUCCUGAACACCAGCAGAGUGAUUUCAUCUCGGCUUUCUGUGAGAGCAGCUGUUUCGUUGAUCACCUGGCGGUCAUGUUUGGAGAAGGGCUCCCACCUUGGGACACGGACAGAAAAUACCACCCACAAAAUCUGCAGCUGUACUUUGAAGAUGAAGAGAAGGAGUCACUCUACCAAGUAAACCCAGAGACGUCACUUUUAAGAGUUUUGCAGCAUAAAAGGUUUUUUGUUAAGGCAGGCACUCCCAGCUUCAUCGUUUUGGUAAAUGGCUCGCCAUUCAGAAAGCAGUUUUUAACAGGAAAGAAAAUACAUGGAUUGUAAAAACAUGGGCCUUCAAAUCUUGGACUUUUAAUACACAAAACUCUCUUUUCAACCCCAAAAGACUGACUUUGUUUUCGAAAAGAAAACACCAUGGCAAAUAUGUGUCUACACCAAAUAUCAGUGUAAAUGAAUAGAAAAUAAAUGAGUUCUCUAAAAGUUAUGCAUGUGGAUUCUUUGUGUAUCUUGUCUGUUCAAAGAUAAAAACGCAGAUUGAAAACAAUGGAAAGGAUUUUGUCCAAGUGCUUGACCAAGUGUUUGAAACUAAACAUUAAAAUAGGACUGUUUGAGUCCCUUCCUAAACAGUACAGUAUGUCCCUGAAUCUGGUUCUUGAAGUCUCAGUAUUGAUCAACAACAAAAGCAAUGAAUCAUAAGUUUAGCUUUAUUAUCCACCAAGGACAUUAAUUUGGACUUCAUUAUUAAACUUUAUUUCUUCAGUAAUGCUUGACAAAGGACUGAGUUGAAUGUGAAAGCAAGAGGUGUGAAUAAGUUUUAGAAGGAAAUUUCCUGACAUUUAUGACUGUUGCAUACUGAUGAAUACUACACAGAUGAAAAAUGUGUGACAGUGAUUACAGGAGAAAUGACUUUCUUCUUCCAAAGUGGUUUACCUGGUUAUGAGUUCGGAUGAAUUAGUCGGUGUACAUUAAGCAACUUUUCUAGCAGUGUCAGCACGUCUUCC